CACACGGAGUGAGGCUCGUAUCUGGUUGCCUGCACACCUCUUUGUCAGCUAAAGCUGCGCAGCCGCCGAAGCCCGUGGAUGCGUGACCUGGUGACGUUGUUUCUGGAUGAGGUCACGCAGCGGAGUUUCAGCACGGAAGAGGGGAGCCAUUUUUAAGAGUUGUGCGAUCAAGAUCAUCCAAGUGUCAAAAAUGACUCAAGUGAUGGAAGCCACAUUGCUAAAUUUAAGUUUGGCUCGUGAGUCAAGCUCUUCGAGCCACCAGGGUGCCGGUGCCACAUCCAUGAUCCAGGAUUUCUGCAGCAUUAGUAAAGACUUCCAAACCCAGGACAAGAAAUACCUUGACAACGUGUCCCAACUCGUAAACAGAUACAGACCUCACACUGUGCUUCUGAACGAGCCAGAAGGGUAUACAUUGAGAAUUGGGGGGCUAAAUGACACAAUCUAUGCAGAAAUGGAGGAUGAGCUGGAAGCAUGGGAAAAAUUCUACCUCCCUGAAAGAGUAGAGAUGAGAGUUAUCGGUGCCAUUGAUAACUUCCCAAGCCUGGCUGUGGGGCUGCAGCUGAUCAUUCUGGCAGGCAGAGAUGGCAAGAUCUAUGCUUAUGAAAAUGAGGUGUUGCAUCAAGCGGCCGGCAGCUUGCAGGACCUCUUCAAAACGGGAAUAGAGUUUCCUGGAACCAAAGUCUACAACUAUGGGGAACGUUUUGCUCCUAUGACGGAAGAUGAAUACAAGCAAUUAAGGGACCAUGAAGAAGUAAAGAAAAUUAAAAAGGAGACCAAGGAAUUCAUAAAAAGCUCCGAGGCUGAAUUUCUGGAACUUCUGGGCUGCAUUAAAAAAGCAUAGAAUGUAUAAAAGGUGUGUCUUCUAAAGACCGCAGCGCUCCUCUCAAUGUGUGCAAUGGAUUGCAAGCAUGCAUAGAAAUGUUUAAACUGCUGGCAGGAAGGCUCAUCAAUAAUGAGCAUGUUUGAAGGCUCCUGUAACAUUCCACAGUGCUUUCAUGUCUCUCAUAAACUCUCCUGGAUUACAUCCUGAUUUUUAGCUAUACAGUCUGUCUCUUUGGUCCUGAAAAGAUAAUUGUCCCACAACUGCAAUGGCACUCAAAACGUUUUGUAUUUAAGAAUAUAUUUUUUACUAAAAAUAAAAUGCUAAACUGGUA